AAGGGAGCAGUCUGGUAUUACAGUGUUUUUUUUAAACGAUAGAUAGAGGUGUGUGUAUCAAAUGCACACAUUCUCGACACGAAAUCUCCCAAUCAUUCCAGUAAAAGAGCUCUAGAGUUCAGAGAGGAGCUGGUAAGUGCAUUAGUUGAAGGCAAGUGCUUUCGAAAGAAUAGAGAAUUUGUGCAGGCUCCUGUUGCUAACCCUGACAUAAGGUUCAACUGGGAUCAUUUCCAUUACACUGUGAUCGAUGACACACGGUCAACUGGCAAAGUCCAUCAGCAGAAAGUUAAGACAAUAUAAAGCUGUGCUAUUUGUGGUGUUAGAACGUGCCCUGUGCCUUGUUUUGAAAGGCACCACACACUGCAAAACUAUUUUUUAUGAUGUUGAAAAUCAUACUGACCCGUGGCAGUUAAAAGGGAGAGGAAGGCCAUAUCAAAGAGGAAGAAGAUCUUUGAGAAAUAAACCCUUCUUUGUGUAA